AUGGUUGCGUUUUUUAAAAACAAGAAGAAAGAUAAAAUCAAAAUUAUAUCUUCAACAAAAGUUAAAACUGAGUUGAACAAUUCUUCUACUGAAAAAGGAAAAAUACCGCCUAUUAAAAAUAUAUUUAUAACAAAUUGUACUUGUUGCGGAACUUCUUUACAUUUACCAGAAAAAGUUCCAAAAUUUAAAUGUGCUGUUUGCCAUACGAUAGUGUAUUUACCGUCAAAAGAUGUUGAUGAGAGUGAAAAUAAAGAUGAUCGAAUGGAGAUAGAAUUCUUAGAAGCAUUCAACUAUGAUAGAUUCAUUAAAAUAUUAGAAGAUUGUGAUUUGAAUUAUUUAAAUAAUCGUAAUAAGACAAAGGAUAGAUGUUCAAUUUUUUAUGAACCAUUAAUAUCAUAUUUAACAGAAAAGUUGGAUACUGUUGAGAAAAUCAAUAAAUCAUUUAUUUCAGAUGAACCAUUUACGCAAAUUGACUUCAAACAAUUAUUCCAUUUCUAUAAAAAAUUAGUGAAGUUGCCUACAAGGAAACCUCUCUAUACUUUAAUGCACGUGUUUAAUACCGUAUUAAGGAAACCAGGAAAGCCAUUGUUAUUAAAAGACAAGAAUAAUGAUUUAGCCGAAUUGCAUUGGAUAUUUAUCAUUUGGCUGAAUCCAAUACUGAAAGACUGUUUAAUUUACAACUCUAAAAGGGAAACGAGAUUACUUAAUGGUAAAUUUUUCAUACCUGAAAUUAAUUCAAUUUCCUAUGAAUUGAUAAAGAGAAGCAUAGGAUAUAUCUCAAAUAUUGUUAUAACAAAUUCUAUUGUUUAUAAACAGCUGGUUAAAUAUUUCAAACAUUUACCAUUACAACUUUUAAUUAAUGACAUAGAAAGAGUAAAUUUAUAUGUCACUUUUCAAUUUAACAAGAUCAUCUAUUCCAAUACUAAGGAUACUGCUAACAAAAGGGAAAGCAAAUUAUUUAACAAACCUAUCAAUAAUACUAAUAAUACUAAUAACAAUAAUAUUAAUAAUAAUUCAAUGACAAAUCAAAAUGUGAACAAUAUUGAUAAUAUCUGGAGCUCUGAUGAAAUAACUAGUGACAUUUUAGCAAAAUUAAAUGGAAGGGUAGCUCCUUGUUUACAGGGUUUUAAGUUUAAGAGUUAUGAAUAUGAUUCGAAUUGGCACAUAAGAACUGCAUCAAAUCUGUUACGCGUCCUUUAUAUAGGAAAUGAAGAAAGAAAUGAAAAUAAGAUAACUUCUAGUUCUUUUUAUAACAUAUUGCUCGAUUUCAUUGAUUUUAAACAGGAUUUUGAAAAUUGGAGAAAAUUGAGAAAUAUUAGUAGAAGGUCAACACUAAGCUCUAUGGAAAAUUGGGAACUUCUUGAGAUAAACUCAUCUCAUGGAUAUGCUCUAUGCCAGUAUCCUUUUCUACUUUCGCUUGGAUUAAAGAUAUCAAUUUUGGGAUAUGAAGUAAGAAGAAUAAUGGAAUUUAAAGCUGAACAGGCAUUUCUGAAAUCACUUGAUAAGGGAAGAACUGUAGAUGUUUACUUUAAAAUCAAGGUGAGGAGAAGUCACAUUACACAUGAUUCUUUAAACUAUAUUAAAAAUCAUCCACAAGAUUUACUGAAAUCAUUGCGGGUUGAAUUUGUAGAUGAACCAGGGGUCGAUGCCGGCGGUUUAAGAAAAGAAUGGUUUAUAUUAUUGACAAGAAAACUAUUUGACCCUAUGAAUGGAUUAUUUAUAGUAAAUGAGGAGAGUAGAUUAGCUUGGUUUUCAAUUCAACCCCAUGACUUUGAUGAACAAAAUGAUGAACUAUUCUAUCUAUUCGGUGUUAUUUUGGGCCUUGCUAUAUUCAACAGUACCAUUCUUGAUUUAAGAUUUCCCAAAGCUUUCUACAAAAAAUUAAUACAUGAGCCAUUAUCUUUUGUAGAUUAUGCAGAACUUUAUCCAGAGAACGCAAAAAAUCUAUUAAAAUUAUGUGCAUACAACGAAGACGAUUUUUGUGAAGUAUUUGAUUUAACAUUUGAAACUACUUUUGAAAGCAGCGAAUUGAGUAUAGAAAACAAUGGUGACAGGAGCGGUGAACCAAAGCGUAAUAAAAUUACAGUAGAAUUGUGUGAGGGUGGUAAAAAUAUUCAAGUGACAAAUGAAAAUAAGAACCAAUUUAUUAAGUUAUGGUUUAAUUUUUAUAUGAACAAAAGCAUCGAAAGACAGUACAAUCAAUUUGAAAAAGGGUUUCACGAAGUAUUUUCACAAUGUGAUUGUACCAAAUUAUUUAAUUCAGAAGAAUUAGAGCGUUUGGCAUGCGGCGAUAACGAACAAGACUCUAUUGAUAUAAUGAUGUUGAGAUCAGUUACAAAGUAUAUCGGAGGAUAUAACGAUCAAUCACAAGUGAUAUCAUGGUUUUGGGAAAUUUUACAAGGAUGGGAUCAUAAACUUCAAAAGAAAAUGCUACAAUUUGUAACUGGAUCAGACCGUAUUCCAGCAACAGGUAUAUCAACGUUACCAUUUAAAAUAGCUAGGGUUGGGCCAAAUUUACAUCACGUUGAAAAUGGUCUUCUGGAAGAACCAUUGCCAACAGCACAUACUUGUUUCAACGAAAUUUGCUUAUGGGACUAUAAAUCGAAAGAAGAACUUGAACGAAGACUAAUUUAUUCAAUUUCCGAAUCAGAAGGAUUUGGAUUUAAAUAA